GUCACCUGAGGUCAAAUACUGAUAGCUCACAUGUUUAUCUAUGAACAGGACAGUCCAAUUUAUUGUAUCAGUUGAUGUAAGCCAACAACUGCAGGGGUGUAAUUUAAGGAAUAAAAAUGUAUAGAUUUUUAUUGAAUAUUUAUAAUAAGGUCUUCAAGACGGCUACUUUUUCUGAAUCAACUGUUUCUAAAGGCUCUGAUUCAGUUAUAGACUUUUGUUGUUCGCCAUGUCAGGAGCACAAUAUUGACCAGUGGGCCGAGUUUUACUGCGAAAACUGUCUCAAGUUUUAUUGUGGAAAAUGCAUUAAUCUUCAUGGUCACUUGUUUGGGAAACAUGAGAUGUAUGGAAGGGGAGACACAAGUAAGUGGCCUGUGCCCACAGAAGUGAAGGAUUUCAUUCAGAAAUGUGACCUUCAUGAAGAACAAAGUAUAGAAAUGUUUUGUGAUGACCACAGUCAACUGUGCUGCAGAAAGUGUGUUUUCCUCAAUCACAGACAAUGCGCUGAAGUAACACUGAUAUCUGAGUUGGUCAAAGGACCCCCACCAGAAUUGCAGCAACUAUCAAGAGAUAUUCAAAGUCUUCAUGUAGAACUCAAAAAACUUCAGAAUAAUUGGGACAUCAACAUUCAGUCUUUGAAGGCUUCGUACAAAAAACAAUUACAUGAAAUAGGUCAAACACGCCAGAAAAUAAAUACAAUUUUAGACGAGAUGGAAAAGACCACCAUGAAAGAGCUAGAUGCUAGGAUGACCAGUCUGAAAGCUUCUCUGAAGAGUGAUUUGGACAAAAUCAUUAAGCUAAAAAAUGAAACAAAACAAUUUGGUGAUGCAAUACAUGCCAUUGUUGAUAAGGGCAAAGAAGAAAUAGCAUUUAUUGCAAGUAAGAAAUGUCUGGAAAAAAUGAAGCAGUCUGAAAAUUUUCUGAAGCAGAACUCAGUUCAGAUAAAAAGUUCACUGACAUUCCAUGCUGACGCUAAUGUUCAACAGUACUUGUCUAAAUUGUCAGGUCUGGGAAAAAUUGCUUUCGUUACCAAGGAAUUGGUACAUUUAGAUGACCCAGACCAGGUAUUCACCGUUCAAGGCAAGUCAAGGUAUGAUGUGAGCAUACCGAGUGAUUCACUGAAAGAAACUUUUUACAGUGCUUUAUGUGUUCUCGCUUAUGAUCAGAUUCUUGUUGCUGAUUCUUAUAAUUGCAGGGUUAAGCUACUUAAUGAUCAAUACAAUGUGGUGGGUCAUUGUGAUUUAUAUGCUUCUCCAAGUGACAUGUGUCAAAUCACACUAAGUGAAGUAGCUAUUGCUGUGAAUAAGACACAUGAGGUUCAGUUUCUCUCAGUGAAUGACGGGCAGCUGGUUAAGGGCAGGAAGUUACCAUUUCAACAUAGAUGUCAUAGUAUUGCUCAUAAUCUGCAAGACCUUUAUCUCACUUCUUGUACUGCACUUUACAAGUAUUCAAUGAAUGGAGUCUUGUUGGAUAAACUGUAUGAGGAUACACAAGAUGAUAACACAGUAUGUAAGUGUGCAGUGAGUCCUUCAGGUGACAAGAUAUUUAUCACCAGUCAUUCCCAGCACAAGGUCCUCACUCUGGCAAGAGAUGGCACAGUUCUCCACACCUUUUCAGACCCAGACCUAGAUGGCCCAUUUGGGGUACAUGUGACCAGUCUGGGACAGGUGCUGGUCUCUGGAGUUUAUUCAGAGGCUAUUGUACAGCUGGAUGGUAAAGGCAAAAAGAAGUUGGCAACUAUUGCUAUAAGGAACGCUGGACUUAAUGCCCCACAGUCAGUCUGCUACAAUAAGAGCACGGCAUCCAUUGUUGUGGGGCUGACUUUAUGGCACGAAAUCCUUGUUUUUAAAGUGCAGUAGUUUUGUUUAAAAAAUUUCAGUAAAAAACAUUUUGGAAUGUGUACUUUCAACAUAAAUUGAUGGCAAUACGAAACUCCAUAUUCAGUCUUAUGUUUCAUCACAUAAUUCACCCUAAUUAUUAAUUGCGUUGCCAAGUUAUAAUGUCUGAUCAUGAAUAUGUUUCAAAAAGUACUAUCAUAGCAACAUUUUUAACAGCAUGGACCUCUUAUAAAGCGUUAUGUUUAAUUGCAUAAUAUUCACUGAGGACUUAUCGUGUUCCCACAAUUAAAGAAACAUUCGAUUAUAUGUUGCACAGAAAUAAACUGUAUUUCUCAAAUGGUUAGUUUUCAUUUUAGUUAUAUGCAAUCAGUGUAUUAUUAUAAUCUUGCUCUUUAUCUUGAAAAUGACUAUCAUGUACAUUAAUGAUUCAAUUGUGGUGAUUUGUGAUGCUCUUUAAUAUUUUUGUGUAAAUUAUGCAAAAUAAAAUGAACUGCAGGGUUAAGGAGAAAAUGUUUUUGAUUGUAAUUCUAUUCUUUAACUGUCGCUUUGUGUUUUGUUCUAAGAAAUAUUAAGUUACAUAGAGUAACAAUAAUGUAUUUCCCGGUUUCUUCAAUUUUUAGCUCACGUGAGCUUUUAGGAUCGGUCUUUGUCCGUCGUCCGUCCGUUCACAUUUGGUUUGUAAACACUCUAGAGGCCACAUUUCUUGUCCGAUCUUCAUGAAACUUGGUCAGAAGAUUUGUCCAAAUGAUACCUUGAUCGAGUUAGAAACUAGGUCACUAGGUCAAAAAAAAGAAAAACAUUGUAAACACUGUAGAAGUCACAUUUCAUGCCCAUUUCUUCAUGUAACUUUGUCAAAAUUGUUGUCUUAAUGAUAUGUUGGUUGAGUUCAAAAGUGGUUCCGGUCCGUUGAAAAACAUGGCAGCCAGUGGGCGGGGAAGUUUUCCUUAUUUGGCUAUAGAGCAACCUUGUGAACACUCUAGAAGUCUAAAUUUUUGCCCAAUCAUCAUGAAACUUGGUCAAAACAUUGGUUUUAUUGAUAUCUCGGACGAGGUCGAAAAUGGUCCAGAUCGGUGAAAAAACAUGGCCACCAGGGGGCGGGGCAGUUUUCUCUACAUGUAAAUUAUAGUGAGAACAUGUGAACACUCUAGAAGUCACAUUUUUGGACCAAUCUUCAUGAAAUUUGGUCAGAACAUUUGUUUCCUAGAUACGUGAGUUAAGUUCGAAAAUGGUUCCGGUCCGUUGAAAAACAUGGCUGCCAGGGAGGGGGGUGGCGCAUUUUCCUUAUAUUAAUAUAGUUAAAAAAGAUUGUGAACACUCUAGAAGUCACAUUUUUUGCCCAAUAAUCAUGAAAUUUGGUGAAAACAUUGGUUUUAUUUAUGUCUCAGAUGAGUUGGAAAAUGGUCCCGAUCGGUCAAAAAACAUUGCCGCCAAGGGGGGUUGGACAGUAUAAAGAAACCUUGUGAACACUCUAGAAGUCACAUUUUUUCCCUAAUCAUCGUGAAACUUAGUGAAGACAUUGGUUUUAUUGAAAUCUCGGACAAGUUGGAAAAUUGCUCAGAUCGGUGAAAAAAACACUUUUUAGCUCACCUGAUUGCUCAGGUGAGGUUUUAGGAUCAGUCUUUGUUCGUAGUCCGUCCGUCCAAAUUUGGUUUGUAAACACUCUAGCAUUCACUUUUCUCAAGCAUUCUUUAUCAAAAUUGCUGAGAAGCCAAAAGAUCUCAGUCAAGUUUGAUAAUGAGCAAAAUCGCAUAAUAAAUGCCAGAAUUAUUGCCCUUAGAUUGUUAAAAUUUCAUUAUAUUAUACAAAAUCCUUGUAAACACUCUAGAGGUCACAUUUUUGUUUCAGAUUUUAUGAAUCUUGGUCAUAAUAUUUAUUUUUGUAAGCAAAGUUUGAUGUUUGGUCAUGAGGGGUCAAAAUAUUGGUCACCUGGUCAAAUCUUACAAAAACCUCGUAAACACUCCAUACGCCAGAGUUUUGGUUCAAUAAUGAUGAAACUUGACCAGGAUGUUUGUCUGGACAAAAUCUAGGUCAAGUUUGAUGUUUGGUAACAAAAUAUAGGUCAUGGGGUCUAAUCUUACAAAAGCCUUGUAAACACACUAGAGGCCAUAGUUUUGGUCCAAUAAUGAUGAUACUUGACCAGGAUGUUUUUCUUGAUGAUAUCUAGGCAAAGUUUGACAUUGGGUCAUGUGGGAUCAAAAUCUUGAUCACGAGGUCCAAAUCUUACAAAAACCUUGUAAACACUCAAGUGCCCAUAAUGUUUGAUU